GAGCGGACGAUGGGGGGAAAAAUCCCUCUCCUGUUUCCUUUCCUCCAGCAUCACCUUCAUUAAGAUGUAGACCGAUGCGCGUCCAGAAGCCCGGAGCCUGCUGGUCACAGGAGAAUCCUUCUUCCAACAGUUCUUAGUAAAGAACCAAAGACAUUUUGGAUUUACGGCGCACUUGUUCUGAACUAAAAGGGGGCUCCUUCAUUUUUUUCUUUGCGUUUGGAGGUGUUGGACCGCAUCUAAGCGGAGUUUUUACCUCUGGAAGUGCACCAGUUUGAUUUCCAAACGCUGGAACGUCAGGAUUCUCUGUCCUUAUGGGGCUUUUAGGAUAACUGGACCUUAUCCUAACGGAACGUAACGCGAACAGGAAUAUAGUGUGAAAGAAGAAAUAAAAGCGCAACGAAUGGGAUUCUUCUCUAACGAGGACAGACCUCUCUACAUAAUCAACCCUUAAACCACAAUCGCUACUGCGCCACUUCUCCUGUGUCAACAACUCAACAACUCAGAAAGACAGGCACUCUUCAGUGAAUGGCGGCUCCACCCCCAAGAAUUGAUGUUUGAAAAUGAGAGUGUUCAUCUUACCUUCAGACGAUGCUGACUGGACCUUUUUGUGGAGUGUUUUCCAUCUAGUGAGGGAUAUUUCUCAGAUGAGCAGGAAUAAAAUGAAUGGCUGCUACCGUUCCUCUUGAUGGUUGGAGAUCACUGUGUUAUAAAAAGGGCUGUUAGCAACUGCAACCGUCAUCUGCACAAGUCACCCUGGCUUUUGUUUGUAGUUGCAUCUGGCAUAAGUGGAAAAGUUUAACUAAACAUACUUUCAUUAAGGAUAAAAAACUAAACUGAGAACUGGCAAUCAUGUGUCAGUGGAGGAACCACUCAGAAACUUGGAGUGCUCUCUUUCAGACUGCCAGGAAUGGGGGCAGGAGGAUGGGAUGUGAACCAAUUAGAAGUUCACUGGGCAUGGGCUUCUGGGUGUUUACACUAACAUGGGUUGGACUGCUGCUUCUGCUGUGUCCGGUUGCCGUGUUGGCUGAGAAACUGGACGAGAAUGAUCCGGUGGUCACAACAGCCUACGGCAGGCUGCGCGGCAUCAAGAAGGAGCUCAACAAUGAGAUCCUGGGGCCCGUUAUCCAGUUUCUGGGCAUCCCUUACGCCACCCCGCCCACCGGCGAGCGCCGUUUUCAGCCUCCAGAGCCACCAGCAUCGUGGUCGGACAUUCACAAUGCCACGCACUUUGCCCCGGUGUGUCCUCAGAGCAUUGUCGAAGGCCGCCUGCCAGACGUUAUGCUGCCAGUUUGGUUCACCAACAGCAUCGAUGUGGUGUCCACUUACGUUCAGGACCAGAGCGAGGACUGCCUCUAUCUCAACAUCUAUGUUCCCACUGAGGAUGUCAAAAGAAUAUCCAAGGAAUGUGCCAGGAAACCGGGCAAGAAAAUAUGUAAACAAGGAGGUCCCCUUACAAAGAAACACACUGAUGAUUUAAGUGAUAGUGACCGCACGGAUGAUGAAGAUAUUAGGGAGAGUGGAAGCCCCAAGCCGGUGAUGGUUUUUAUCCACGGGGGUUCUUACAUGGAAGGAACUGGAAAUAUGUUUGACGGCAGCAUCCUAGCCAGCUAUGGGAACGUCAUUGUUAUUACAGUCAACUACCGUCUGGGCGUCUUAGGGUUCCUGAGUACAGGUGACCAAGCAGCCAAAGGGAACUAUGGUUUGUUGGAUCAGAUCCAGGCUCUGCGUUGGACUAGUGAGAACAUAGCAGCGUUUGGUGGUGACCCGCUACGCAUCACUGUGUUUGGCUCUGGUGCUGGGGCAUCAUGUGUGAAUCUCCUCACUCUGUCUCACUAUUCAGAGGGCAACCGCUGGAGUAACUCCACUAAAGGUCUUUUUCAGAGGGCCAUUGCCCAGAGUGGGACAGCUCUAUCCAGCUGGGCUGUCAGUUUCCAGCCAGCCAAGUAUGCGCGGAUGCUGGCCCAUAAGGUGGGCUGUAACCUGGAGGACACCGUAGAACUUGUUGUGUGCCUGCAAAGAAAACAUUACAAGGAGCUUGUAGAUCAAGACAUCCAGCCAGCCCGCUACCACAUUGCCUUUGGCCCGGUGAUUGAUGGAGAUGUAAUACCUGAUGAUCCUCAGAUACUGAUGGAGCAAGGUGAGUUUCUCAACUAUGACAUAAUGCUAGGAGUGAACCAGGGUGAGGGCCUAAAGUUUGUGGAGCUCAUCGUUGACAAUGACAAUGGUGUCCAGGCCAAUGACUUUGACUAUGCAGUGUCCAGCUUUGUUGAUGACCUUUAUGGUUACCCAGAGGGUAAAGACAUCCUGCGUGAAACCAUCAAGUUUAUGUACACGGACUGGGCCGACAGGCACAACCCAGAGACCCGGCGGAAGACUUUGCUGGCCCUGUUUACUGAUCACCAGUGGGUAGCACCUGCUGUAGCAACAGCAGAUCUGCACUCAAGUUUUGGGUCGCCAACAUACUUUUAUGCCUUCUACCAUCACUGUCAGACAGAACAGGUACCACCGUGGGCAGAUGCAGCGCAUGGAGAUGAGAUCCCAUAUGUGUUUGGGCUGCCGAUGAUUGGACCGACAGAGCUGUUUCCAUGCAACUUCUCUAAGAAUGAUGUGAUGCUGAGUGCUGUUGUCAUGACCUACUGGACAAAUUUUGCCAAGACCGGGGACCCAAACCAACCUGUACCACAAGACACCAAGUUCAUCCACACAAAGCCCAAUCGCUUUGAAGAAGUGGCAUGGACACGCUACAACCAGAAGGACCAGCUCUAUCUGCAUAUCGGCCUGAAGCCUCGGGUCAAAGAGCAUUACCGGGCAAACAAGGUCAACCUAUGGUUGGAGCUGGUUCCUCAUCUACACAGUCUCAAUGAGGUCACCCCACUCAUCCCUACCACUACCAAGAUUCCCCCUCCGGAAGCCACUAACCGCACACCAAAGACCAAAGUUCUGGUUACCAAGCGUCCAAACCCAACUCCGUUCCCCACCGAGACGCAGGGCAGCCACAACCAGCCUCACCUGGUGGACCAGCGGGAUUACUCCACAGAACUUUCAGUGACUAUUGCUGUCGGAGCUUCUUUGCUUUUCCUCAACAUCCUGGCCUUUGCUGCUCUUUACUAUAAAAAGGACAAGAGGAGGCAUGACGUCCACCGUCGCUGCAGCCCACAGCGGAGCGCCGCCAACGACCUGGCUCACACUCAGGAGGAGGAGAUUAUGUCUCUGCAGAUGAAGCAGCACUCUGACCUGGACAGGGACUGCAGAGGGGUGGGGGACUCCCUCCACGCACAUGACGUGGUCCUGAGGACUGCCUGCCCCCCUGACUACACCCUGGCUAUGAGGCGCUCACCAGACGACAUUCCACUCAUGACACCAAACACCAUAACCAUGAUCCCCAGCACCAUGGGAGGCCUCACCUCACUCCACUCAUUUAACACAUAUCCCAGCAGUGGGCAGAACAACACUCUGCCUCAUCCACAUCCACACUCACACUCCACCACCCGGGUAUAGCGCAGUGGAUGGACCCAUACAGGCAGGACUCUGGCGACUCAGGCAACAAGCUAACUGCAGCGCUGCAGAGGAAAGUCCAGGACGACCUGCUGAAAGACAGACUUUUCAGGAGUUAAACCGCCGGCCCAGAGAUGCCAAGAUCCGGGCCGAUGGAAUUACACUGGAAUUAUACCACAUUUUGUUGAUACCAGAGGAAAUAUAAUAAAAUGUUUCAGAUGCUUUGGAUCAGAGAAUCAAAAAAUAAUAAUAUUAGUAAUUAUGGUUUUGUAGGAAAAAAAUAAAGGAAAGACAUGAGGGGAAAAAAGUUACAGCAGAACAACAUCUCACAAUCUGGAACAUUUGAGAAAGACUUUUUUUUAUCAUUAUUUUUGUUCUGGUAUUACAGCAACAAAAAGGAACAGUGAAACACUUUUUCUCUCUAGCGACAGCUAUGGCCUUCGGGAUUUUCUGACAAACGACUGCUUGACAGUAUUAUCUGGAAGCAGCACGGAGCAUCAGACAAGCCUUGGAGGUGAGAAGAGGGGAGCACUUUGUAAAGGAAAGAAAACAUAUUGUUUUCCUUUGGCAUUACUCUGCAGAACACUCUGUGGGGCACAAACCAGACGCCGUGCUAACCAGUCGAGGCAUGUCCGAGGGUCGUAAACGGAGGCUGUGUAAGAUAAGCCAAAAGCAACAGAGUAAAGCAAAGAACUGAAAACUUUAAGAUAAGACGACCCUGUAUGCACAACAGAACCAUUUUGAGGAGGAAAAAAAAAAUCUUGCAAAUACUUUUCAUCCUUUUAUUUUUGAUUGAAACAGUUUUAUUGUAUAGGACCUAUUUACAUAUCUAAGCACCAAGGCUGUUUAAGCCCACUUCUCUUGGGCGGGGUGUUCACACUGCAACCUGCCAGUCGGACCGGGACGUAGGAAGUGAGAACGCACUGAGCGGUUUUCUGGCAGUUCCAACUUCAACACAGAGAGCUGGGGGGACAAAGGAUAAUUGGGAUAUUUUAGCACGAUGCGCAUGACAAUUUACCUGCUUGAUGGCUGCUCUGCUGAUUAUGUCAUUAAUAAGAAUAAUUUUCACCCUGUUCUUUGUGUUGGGGAGAUUCAAGACCUAUUUCCUUAUUGGAUAACUAGAAAACACAAUGCUCUCAUGGAACCUUGGGAAAUGCAGUCCCGGUUUGUGGAUGUCACUGGAUGGAUUUAGAUAGUAAAACAAAACAAACAAAAAAAAAAAAAUGGGGGUGGGCAUAUGGUAAAGAUUUCUUGCAUAACAUAAUAUAGCUUGAGUGGGCUGGACAUAUAAGGACUAGUUUUGUACUCUAUGUGUUGGUACUACUUUUUGAUAGUGGGUAAAUCACAUUACAUUGUAUCAAUCAAACCCAUUGUACCUUCAGUUGAAAUCAAUGUUUUUUGCUGUUCUACCUAUUGGUGCACCGGACCGGACCGUAUCAAAGUAAUUACCUACACUGUUUAUUCCAUUGACCUCUCAUCAUCCCAAUGUCCCCCCAAAAAAUUGACACUUUAAGAUAAAAAUAUAACACAGUGGAACCCAAUUGGUAAGGAAAAUGGAGGGUGAAAUGAUUGAAAAAUAUAGAGAAGAAUUCCAUCUCCAGGCGAAGUAGAUUUGCUAAUGAUUUAUCCAACAAAGCUCUGAACUCCAGAGCUACUUAAACAUGACUGCCUAUAGAUGUUUAAUUCAAGAUAAAAGCCAGACAGAUCACACGGGGUGGGAGUCAACGGAAAUGCACAGCAGGAGGCUGAGAGGAAGAGCGAGUAUCAGGCUGGGUCAAUUCCCACGAUGCACUUUUCAUGUAGUUUUCAUCAUUAGCCAAGUUGAAUCAAGUUAGGUGGUACUUUGUGUUGGAGAGAUGUCGGUGUGUCUGCCAGUAAAGCAAGAUGAUCAAAAGCAAAAAGUCUUACCUCUUCAACUUAAUGUCUUUCUUUUGCUUUUUUCCUAUAUAUACACACACAAAGUGCUGUGCUCCAAAUCUCUGCCAUGGUGUCAGAGUUAAUAAAAGGUACCCACUUCUUUAAAAGGGCAGCUCAGGUUCUGUUAAAAGCUUAUACGCAGUUAAUGUUUUAUGCACAGCACAUGAAUCUCUUACCCUCUUAAUUAAGCAUGAACCAAAAUGAAGUUUGUCCCAGAGGCUGAUGCUGAUGACUGGUCCAAAAGGAGCCAAGACCGAGGUGGAUAUCUACUGUCCUAACACACAACCCCAAUAUAAAAAAAAACAUCACAGCAGUUCAAUAGUUUAUAUUUUUAUGUAAACAGAAGUCAUCCAAACAUCAUGCAUAUUUUAAGUAAAAUUUGAAAAUGUUGCUGACUAAAAACAACAAAGGAAAAGCGAAUUCGGCGUGUUUCCUUCUUCUGGUUGAGAUUCCAUAAGAUGUUGUUGACACGUAACAAACAGGAAGUAGAAGUUGAAAACUAGCAUGGAUCACACAUCUUAGAGAAAUGAACAGAGGUUUUCAGGAGUUUACUGCUAUCAGACAAGUUCCAAUUGUUCUGUUAUCCCAACUAGUAUUGAUGAUGUUGCAAUUUUAAUGCACACAAACAGCUGAUCAGUCAUGUGAGGGAAAUGUUCGCAACAUCAGAACUUAUUCAACAAAUGUGUCUCUUUCACUCCUUUAGCCCAUUAACUCAGAAAAGCCACAUAAGAAAAAGGUUGCUGUAAUCACAGCCUGUGAUUGUUUCCAAGAGUAAAUGGAGUUCGGAUGUUUUGUACACGUGAAACUCACUUAGCACCAAACAUCUGGUCAGAGUAACUGUCGGAUCUGAAAGUAAAUCAGUCUGAAAACCAGUAGACUUGUAUAAUUUUUACCUUACACAGUAUUUCAUGUUUAUUUUAUUUUAUUUUACUUUAUUUUAAGAACAUAGAAGCAGAAGUCUGUGUUGGUCUUGGUCGCUUUCAGGAUGUUUUCAACCUUCUGAACCAGCUAAUCUAAACGUCUAUUAAUUGAAGACACAAAGAAAGUUUCUAGCUGCAAUUGGAUUUUUCUUCCUUCCUUUUGGAAUAAGUUUAAUCUUUUGAAAAUUUGACUUGCUGUUUUAUCUGGAUAGAUCUUUCUGUCUACAUAUGUUUCAUUGUGUUUAUUGUUUCUGUUUUCCAUUCGCCCAUCUUGAGAUUGCUGCUUUGUGUUUUGAGUUGCCAUAAGGAUAAUUAAAUCAACCUUUUAGUAACUAUUCUUUCUCUACUCUUAAGGUUUCUUGGAAUAGGUGUGAUGUACAUUCAAAAUGUUUUGGCUUAACUGACUAGCCGACUUUCAAGUAAAUAAAAAAAAACAAAAAAGAACUAUGGUUUCAGUUUGCUGAGUCACUUCCAUGAAGGCCAUCAGCUGAUCUGUGACCCCCAAUAACUUCAGCAUCUUUUUCUUCAGAUGAUAUUAUUAGCUAUUCACGCAAAUCACUAGGUUACUCUGCAUGUACUAUUUUUAUUAUCAAUUUACCUACUGUCUUAGAGAAUUUAUGUUUGCCUAUGUUUCUUUUCUAGAUAAAGUCACCAAAGGAGCUAAUCCUGCCAUUAACUCGGUUCUCAGAUUAAAUUGGAGCAUUGUAUGAUUUAUCUGUAUGAUUGGAUGGGACUGAAUUGACAACAUGCUUGUAUAAAGAACCAUCUGUUCCUCUUGUAAAGUCCAUUGAGGAAGCAUUUGUUGUAAAUGCUAAAAGAUCUACAAGGAGUUAAAACAUGAUCAGUUGACCAGUCAGCCUUGAGCUGAAUUGUAUUUAAAGGUUUCUUAAUAUGAAAUGUUUUCUUUUAAUGUAACUUUGCUCAAAAAAGUUAAACACUAGCUUUCAUUAGCAGAGAUGUUAUAAGUUCAUUUAAUAUUUCUGGCUAUUUUCUUGACAUCCAUAUUGUGAGGAAUUACAGAGGAGCUUGUUUCUGGGUUCAGGUUUAUUACCAAUCAUUUGUUGCAGUUUAAAUUCCUGAGACAUCAAGAGUUGCAGAGUGAGCGGAGUUUCCACCGGAAGCGUAGCGCUCCCCCUCCCCAACAUGUUUCUUCAUGCCAUUUAGCCAGCUGUCUAAUUAAAGGGUAUUCUCCAAAAGUUUGUUUAAAAAAGUACAUAUUUUCUUAAUUUUUAUUAGAUUGUUUGUUUUGGAAGACAUCUUAAUAAAGAAAACAUAAAAAAAAAAAAAAAAACAUCAGGACUCUGCAUGUCUGUUGGCAAAAAAGAAAAAAAAAUGAGGAAAGAGAUGUUGCAAACUCAAUAAUCUGACAAGGUCACCAUUUACUACCACCUGUUUAUACUUCUAGUUUCUUUUCAAGAAGCACAGAAUCACAUAAUCCACAGAAACUUAACACAAACAGGAAGAAAAUCUGCAUUUGGUCAUUUAUUUCCACGUUGUUGAUAUGAUUCUUGCCUCCUUAGCUUUUGCUGAUGUAAAUCCUGUUUUGUCUUUAAACUGAAAAUUUGAAGGAAAUUAGAAAAUAUUUGAGGGUUUCACAGACAAGUUGAGCAUGGGGUAAAAGUAUUUUGGCAUUAUAGAACGAUAGAAACAGGCAUUUUGGUUGUGACGGACACUAGCAAUACCAGAACCAACAGGAUAAUCCCAAGUGUCCAGAGGGGUUAAAGACUGCAGACACUCAGUUUGAUCCUCUCCACUCCCAAAUUCUGGAGGAGGUCUCUGAAAAACCUGGCUCUGUUGGGGAGAGCAUCGUUGUCUUGGCAUGUUGAGUUUGGACCACGUCUGAGGAGAUAUUGGACCGUACUGGUUGUCAGAUCUCACAUCAGUUUCUCUCUGCAUUGAGAAUGAUGAUAAGCUGUCUAGUAUCAUCAGUACACUACCUCCUCUACAAACAGCUUGGCCCCGGCAGAGUGGAUUUUAAUUAAAACAGGCCAUACUCGCUCCUCAGCUGAUCAACCUGCAAAUGGAUUUUCCUUGCAAAUGUAAGAGAAAAUACACAACAUUUAUUGCCAAAAGUAUUGGUACAGCAAUACCAAUCAAAUACAGAAUUCAUUCCUUUUUGUGUUGAGUUUAGAAUUUUGCACAACCAAUAGGCUUCCUGUGUAAGUACAGCUAAAUCUAGCUGGUCUGGUAUGAGGUCCUGUUUGUUACUCAGUCAAAAAUGAACAGGUUUUUAAUGCAUCAUGGGAGACAAAAUUAGGUGUUAAUUUUUCAAAGUCAUAUUUUUCACCAUAUUAUAUAAAUGUCACAGUUCAGUUCAAAAUAAAUAUUGAAUUGGCAAGCUGGAAAUGUAGUUUCAAACUAAACAUUUAGUUAAUGAGCUAAAUAUUCAACUAGUUUGCUAACUGAAUAUUUACAAAGCUCACUUGCUGGCUAUAAAUAUUUUUUUUUUUUUCAGUAAAUAUAAAUUUGUGUGGAGAAAAAUUUUAUUUAACGGAAUGUUUACUUAGGAUGCUUUAUAUUUAGGCUGCUAACUAAAUAUCCUGCAGCUCCUUCAGGGCUCUCAAGACUGCUGAGGCUUAGGACAACAUUUAAAAAAGUUAAGAUGUUAAUGAAACAGAUAUAUAAAAUGAAAAAAUACAUUGACUUCCAAACACUCACAAUAUUAUAGAUUAUAUGCUUUUCCAGCUCGGUUCAUCCAGUGUUUGUUUAGAUAUUUACAGAGGCAGACAUGUCGAUGACUAGUGGAGACCAAACCUUUGCACAGCACUGUUUGGAUAGGGAGGAAGAUGCGGGGCCUCAGAGCUUGUUUUUAGUUGAUGUUGAAGAGCUGUUGCAUUCCUUUUCAGGGAUUGUCUGGCUCAUCUUUCCCGUCAAGCUGGCAGCUUGGACUGCUUAACAAAACGGCUCCCUUCGCAUCUGUACAGUCUUCAGUAGGCCGCCUUCUGCGAGGGUGCCUGGUAACGUCUUUAGGUCAGUGAAGCCUCAGCAUCUAACAAUGUUAGCCACUGAGAAGGAAUGAGUCAUCCAGCCAAGCAGACUGCAGUCAAAUCCCAUGGCUUACAAGGUUUGAGUCACUGCGGGGGCAAAGUGGUGAUUUUCAAAACACGCAGUGAAAGGAAUGCCACAGAUAGCCUUUGCUCAGAUACAAAAAUCUGUGUGCUGGCACAGAGAGGCUGCUUGUUAGGCUCAAUUGCUUGUCUCCCUGUUUUCUUUUCACUAAAACGUAGACAUGUGGAGGCCUCUGUACUGAGAGUACAUCCUGCCCCUCUUGGCUCUCUCUCAAGCACUAUGCAGUUCUUUAAAAUAAUGAAUACAGACUGCUGCUGCUGCACCCAAGUUGGAUGCAAGGUUAAAUUUUGACAUAUUAUAGGAAAUGUUUAAAAAAUCCUCAAAACUGAUGCAAAAUUGCUUGAGCAUAUUGGUUUAUGUUCACCGUAUUUCCUGCAUGGAAAUCAAACUGAUUCAAUAUAGUGUGACAUAAUAUUUAUUAGACCCAGAAAGAUCACCAUGAGCUUUUGUUUGUAAUUCCAUUACUGUGAUUUAUUUUGAAGAUGUGCCAGAGACCCUUCAACAAUGAAACACUAAGUGGUCAGCUUUCUGUUGUUUCCACCGCAAGACAAUAACAAGAUAAACAAAGUUAUAAAACACAACCUAUCAGCACAUAAUUCCAAUAAAACAACACGGCAUUGUUAGGUCAAAAAACUAUUAGCCCAAUGUGAGCAGGCACUGCAUUCAAUUUGAAAACAAUUGUGGUAACUAUUAUUGAAAUAUUAAAUACCUCCAUUAUGUUUCUCGCCAAGUCAUGAAGCACUUUUUCAUUUUCUUUAAUCUUCUGUCAGUUUUGUCUGCUCUCUGCAUUUCUGGAGGGUUACAUCAUUAAGAAACCCGUGUGAAGCAGGAAUGAAAGGAUGACCCGAAAGGGUCACUAUGACAACAUGACAGUGAUUGAAACCCAAAUGACUAAACUGCUUCCAUCAAUCACUAGAAUGACCUUAGCAAACACAGUGAGCAUCACAACUGAGAAAAUUAUAAAUUAUUUGCUCUUAAAUUUUAAUUCACAUUCUUAUUGUUCUUCACACCUGUAUUAUUUUUCACUUAUGCAUUUCAACAAGUUGCAGUCUGUUUACGUGUUUUAUAGUCACAGACUUAUUAGUGAUAUCAUAACUUAUUAUCAUAUUCCUGUGUUGUCCAAAAUAUUCAAGCAUUGAUUUAGUGCAGAGUGCAGUAGAUUGCUUCAUCACUGACUUUCUUUCUCUUGUGGCUCUACAAAAAUUUAUAUAUAAACAAAUGCAUGAAUUAAUUCAUUUAAAAAGCAAUAAAAAUACACCCUGGAUGGACGUGGUGACUGACCAUGAUGAGAUUACUUUGCCUGGUGACAUCUAAUUAGGAAAUCAUUUGUUGCCUUUAAAGACUUACUUUUUUGUCAUAUUACAAAACACAAAAAUUAUUAACAAAUAAUUUAAUUUUCCUUUACUAAAAGGCAUUAGAUUUAUUUUAUUUUUUAUUUUUUCAUUUUCUUUUUACUGUAUCAGUUGACUGACAGCAAGUGUAUUUAUUCUAUAGAUCUUCACAGGGACUGGGACACUGCAUUGUCAGUGGCGGUCUAAAGGCCAACCACUGAAUUAAGCAUGUAAUUGCAGUAAUGGGUAAAUAGUCAAGCACGUACAGAGUCAUACUAAGUAGCUGACAGUUCAGGAUGAAUUGCUAUUUAUAACUUUAUAUGCAAGGCGCAAAAUAUUACCAUAAAUUUGCUGGUCAGCUGCUGAUAUACUUCAGUUUUUGACAUUAUGUGUCCGGUGCAACUGAUAACAAAGCAUAACUUGUAGGUGGUAAUUACAUACAAAUAAAAAUAUAUUUUCUCCAGAAAAAAACAUUUAAAGUUUACAAACAAGCUAAGAGAAUUGAAAAUUAGUCAAAAUCAGUUAUUUCAAUCAUUUAGAAAGUGAGACACCAGGUGAAAUUUCUGACCAUAAAAUUUAGACCUGGGUGUAAAUAUUGAGUAAUAUGAUGUUACUCAAAAUGAACACCAGCAGAAUAGAAAAACAAACAUGUGCUGCAAAAUAGAUUAAAACUAGAGCCAGCUGCACAUGUUUGAUCAACCAAAGUAGCGGCGCUGGUAGGAGUUUAUCAGGCAUGCUGGUCCAAUUUCUGCUUUAUCUUUGUGUCCUUGAGCAAGACAUUUCACCUACCUUACCUGCAGGUGUUGGUCAGGGGGCCCAGUAGCAGCCUUUUCUAUCAGUCUGCCCCAGGCCAGCUGUUGCUACUCUCCAGUAGUUUUCCUCCAUCAGUGUGUGAAUGUGUGAAUGACUAGUGUAAUGUGAAUUGGUUAGCCCUUUCUCUGGCUAAUGGUGGCAUAAAUAACAGAUGACUGGAUUAAAGGCAUAACAGGCUAAACAAAGGAAGAGAAACAAUAAGGCACUUAUAAAAUCUGAAUGCAAAAUGAAGUUGUCUGACAAAUUUCUGAAAUUAAUCCAUAAAUAGUCAUUCAGUCUGUUUUACUCAGCCUGUCAAUUUGCUUUUGGUUGUUUGUGAUUGUUAUUUUAACCAUCGAAAUGUAUAUUCUACCUCAUAAACCAUUAAUCCAUGUUUUUUUUUUACCUCCUAAUUAGUUUCUUGUCUUAUUUUAAUAUAUCAAGAUUGCUAGACUAGAGUUAAAAAUUGGUUUUAACAGUUACUUUGACCAACAAAGCCAGACUUUCACAUGAGAACACUGCUGAGCAGUCCCUGGUCAUGACAUCCACAGCUUUGUUUAGCUGUUAAUCAUCUUCUAGCCCUUACUUAAAGCAUGAUGUCAUGCUUUAAGUAUGAUGUCAUUCUGUAAGUAAGGGCUAAAAGUGACUAAACCUAACAAAAGUUAGUCAAAAAAGAUUGAAACAAUUCCUUGAUCUAUUUUUUUUUCUUUCUGAAAUGGGGGGGGGGAAUAUGUAUAAUUUUAAGAAAUAUAUCUAUGAUUUUAAGACAUUUUACCUUUUUUCUUUAUAGUUCAUAGUCUUGGCGGAAGCUUCAAGAAAGACCAUUUGGAUUUAUUUCUUUCAUUUAGCCUGGAUGGCAGACAGUAAAACAUGUAAAUAUUAAAACAUGUUCAGUCAGUACAAUCGCUGCCCAACUAUAUCACCAAUCAUAAAUCUGUUUUUGUUGGAGUCUGAAAAACAACACUGCUGUUGUUCUGUAGGCUGCAAUAGUUCCUCUUUACCAAGUAUCCAAGGACUUUCCUGGCAUCAGACUGAAAACUUUGGAUAGACAUAUAGAUUAUCAUAACUGUUUUCUGGAACUCUGCUUCCUGGAAAAUCUUUUAACAACCCCUCUUUAAAAAAAAGAGGUUUUAAAACUACUUUUUGAUGGAAACAUAAGGCCUUUGAGCUCAUGUUUAACAGUUAAACCCAGCCGUUUCACUAAAUGGGCAAAUACAUCUGAAAUGAGUUCAAAAUUUAAUUACAGCUAUUAACUUGUGGCAUUUUUAUAGAGAAUAUCAGGAGUUAGAUGGCAAGAAAGCUUUUCAUUUUUAAUUUCCUUCUGGUGAUGCAUGUGCUUAAAUUUAACUUUUUUAACUUGUUUGUUUUGGAUUCAGCCCCUGGUUAAAACAACAACAACAACAAAAAAAAAAGUAUUUUCAGAAAACAUUAUGAUCAUGAGUAGAAUGCAUUUGCGGUUUUAAUUGGAUUUCUUUUCUAUACCCUACAUAAGAUGGCAACCCCACAAUGUCAAAGUUUAGUUGUAUUUUUGUUUGUCCUGUUUUGUUGCAUUCAUUUUGAACUAAUAUAAUUAAUUUGCAACAUUCUGCUGUAUUUUCCACAGUCAAAAACAGAACUUUGUAAACAGCUUAUUUAAUCCAUGUUUUUCAUUUAUCUUUGUUGGUUGCGGUUUCAAAUUUACUGGUUACUGUGUUUCCAAAAUGACAUCCAUCUUGUCUGACUUUGGAUUUAAAGGUGUUGCACUCAAAGCAGCGCCUCUUUCAGAGCCACAUGUCCAGAAUGCCGAUAUAAUCCUAGAAUGCCUGAGAGAUGAGAAUGACUCCUAUGCAGUGUCACCCUCCAUAAAACACAGAUUUUCAGUCAAUUUCAAGGGGAGCUUUUAAAGCAAACAAAACUAAAUGGAGUUGCAUGAGCUGUUUCCUUUGAGCCCCAUCAUGUGUAGGUUUGAUGAGAAAGGUUCACAGUUGGGAUCUAAGGACACUUAAGACACCCUGUUCUAGGGGGAUGCUUCACUUUUGUUCUAGUGUAAAUCUACCCUGACCAUGGCCAACACUCAGCCUGUGUCAAAGCAAAUGGAAGCGGUAGAGCGAACGCUGUGAAUGAAUGAAGAGCAACGUGCCAUUUUCUGACCUCAGUUCACAGCAACAGUCAAAACCUCAGCUACAUCCUUGGAGGUUUUUGCAAACUGUCUUAAAGCUAUGGAGAGGUUUGUUCUUCAAAUGCCAUGUGAGAAGUGGGGAACCAUGUGAGCAGGUCUGGCAUUUGUAAUGUAGAAUUUUUGUCACUUGUCUUUCUUUCUGGUUAAAUAGUCUUACUCUUCUGGAGCACAAUAAAUGAUUUUAAUAUGCUGA